UCGGCGACUUGAUUCGGUCCCUUUCUACGCAGACGGGAGGACCUCACAUGUGUUACGAACAUGGCGCUCUACAACUUUAAAAAGAUUAUGGUGGUCCCCACCGCCAAGGAUUUUAUAGACUUGACGCUGUCCAAAACACAACGCAAAACCCCUACUGUGAUCCACAAACACUAUCAAAUCCAUCGUAUCCGCCACUUCUACAUGCGCAAGGUCAAGUUCACACAACAGAAUUACCAUGAUCGCCUCACGCAGAUCCUCACUGACUUCCCAAAACUGGAUGAUAUACACCCAUUCUAUGCUGAUCUGAUGAACGUGUUAUAUGAUAAGGACCAUUACAAACUGGCCCUGGGUCAAAUCAACAUUGCCAAGAACCUAAUUGAUAAUGUUGCUAAAGAUUAUGUGCGUCUGAUGAAAUACGGGGACUCACUGUAUCGCUGUAAGCAGCUGAAACGAGCAGCACUUGGACGCAUGUGCACCAUCUUGAAGAGACAGAAACAGAGCUUGGAAUAUCUAGAGCAAGUUCGCCAACAUUUAUCUCGACUACCCACGAUUGAUCCAAACACCAGAACCUUGCUUCUCUGUGGGUACCCCAAUGUUGGCAAGUCCAGUUUCAUCAACAAGGUAACCCGUGCAGAUGUGGACGUACAGCCAUAUGCCUUCACCACUAAAUCUCUGUUUGUGGGUCACAUGGAUUACAAGUACCUGCGCUGGCAGGUACUGGACACCCCAGGUAUCCUGGACCACCCUUUGGAGGAGCGGAACACGAUCGAGAUGCAGGCGAUCACAGCACUGGCCCACCUGCGGGCCGCUGUGCUGUACGUGAUGGACAUCUCUGAGCAGUGCGGACACACACUUUCACAGCAGCUUGAACUAUUCAAAAACAUCAGACCCCUGUUUGCUAACAAGCCUCUGAUCAUUGUGGCCAAUAAAUGUGACGUGAAGAUGAUCAGUGAACUGUCAGAAGAGAGCCAGAAAAUCUUUGCAGAUAUCUCAUCUGAAGGGAUCCCAGUGAUUGAGACCAGCACUCUGACAGAGGAGGGAGUAAUGAAGGUCAAAACGGAGGCAUGUGAUAGGCUGCUGGCCCACCGUGUGGACACAAAGAUGAAAGGGAAAAAAGUCCAUGAUGUCCUCAAUAGACUCCACCUUGCCAUGCCAGCCAAGAGAGAUGAGAAGGAAAGACCUCCAUUCAUUCCUGUGGGGGCAGUGCUUCAUAGGAAGACAAUGGAGGUAGACCCUCCAAAACGUAAACUGGAGAGAGACCUGGAGAUGGAGCUUGGAGAUGAUUACACACUUGACCUGCAGAAAUACUGGGACUUGAUGAAUGCUGAUGAGAAGCAUGAUAAGAUUCCUGAGAUCUGGGAAGGACAUAACAUUGCUGACUACAUCGAUCCUGGCAUCAUGAAGCGACUGACUGAGCUGGAAAAGGAGGAGGAGCUCCGGGAGCAAGCGGGCGAGUAUGACUCUGAUGAAGAAAGUGAAGAUGAGGAGAUGCAAGAAAUUCGGCAACUUGCCAGUCAGAUUCGAGAGAAGAAAAAGUUGAAGAUUUUGGCUUCGAAAGAGAAAGCUGUGCAGGGACCCAGAAUGCCCCGCACUGCCAAGAAGUCCAGUUGCCUGCAGGUACAGAGGACAGCCUUGGAGAAGGAGAUGGAGGAACUUGGUUUGGAAAUGGCAGACAAAGAUAAUAGCCACUAUGCACAGCAAGCUCGGAGGUCACGCUCCCUACUCAGGAAGAGGAAGAGGGCUGCGUCUGAACCACCUACCUCACGCACACGCAGUCAGAGUGCCUCAAAACCACCACGUGACCAAUCCGGAAUCAGAGAUGCCAAGAUGAUGAAAAAGGUGAAGACAAUGAUGAAGAAUUCCCAGAAAGGGAUGAACAAGGAGAGCAGAAGGGGAGAGUCAGAUAGACAUAUAUUCAACCUUAAACCCAAACACCUGCUUGCAGGAAAAAGAAAAUCUGGAAGCACCAGCCGCCGGUGAACAGACACACGUUCUUUUAUAAAUGUAGUCAUAAAUUUUGCUUUUCCAAAUAAUUAUGUACUUGUAGCCUUUCAGAAGGACAUUUCAGCAACACCUAUGUAUGAGUGUGGUGAUUUUAAAUAUAAAAUGUAUUUAAAUUCGCCUGAUCAGAGGUGGUUGGAAAAGGAUGAAUAACUCAUCACCUCCAGGUCCAGCAUUAGAAUUAAAAGACAAUAUGAAAGAGUAAAGGUUUUGAUGUGUUGAUUAAUGCAGUACAUCUGUCUGCAAGUGCAACUGCGUUCUGCAGUUUGAGUUGAAGUAGAUAAAUGUGUCAAACAGCUGAUGAGUCAAUAAAUCAGACAAACUUA